UGUUGUCAACAUCAGCAACAAUAACAGCAUCCAAUCAAGUAAAGUUCUUAACAUAAAAGUUUUCAAAUUCAGUCACUACAUAUUGCAAAUGACCUCACGAUAAAAAAGUGUGACCAUAAAUAUAUUUAUGGUCACGGAUUUACCAGACCGGAAAAUCCAGCCAUCAACAAAAUGUGACUUGCUAUAAUUGUUUACGUACAAAAUUAUGCAAAUAUUAGAUAAUACGUAAAACGUAUCAAUUUUAAACGUCACGUAGAAAAUUUUAAGUGCAAAGAUAAGAAGAUAAAAUAUAAAGCCGGAGAAUAUGCAUCUUAUUCAUCUGAGAAACUACGGAGGAGCAACAUGUUAAAUCUUUAUAUCCUCUGCGUUACUGUUCUUUCGCAGUACCCGAACUUUUCACUGCAGUCGACUGCAGAAAACGCCACGUUUUGUUACGAUGACCCAAGCUGUGGCCCUAAGAGCGCAGAAUUUUGGCCAGGUAUUUGCCAAACUGGGACGAGACAAUCUCCAAUCAAUCUUCCGCACAAUAUUAACACCAUUCGCGAAUCAAGAUCUCACCCAAGGGCUCUGAACUUUCGUGGAUAUAAGGAAAAUGGUUUCUUCAUUCGAAACAAUGGGCAUAGCAUUCAAGUUUCAUUCAACAACAAUUUGACGUCUUCCUCUGAAAUGAGUGGAUAUGGAUUGGAUGGCGAAUACGUUUUUGCACAGGCACAUUUUCAUUGGGGAAAAGACAUUGAGAUUGGAGGUUCGGAACAUACCAUAAACGGAAGGCAUUUCCCAAUGGAAGUCCACCUGGUCCACUAUAACAAAAAAUAUCCAAGCUACAGCGUUGCUUCGGGCACCACCACUGAUGAUGCACGUGCGCUGGCAGUUUUGGCUGUAUUUUUAGAACCUGUUCUGCUUGGCCAAUCAUCUAAUUCUGCUUUCUCUUUAAUUGCAAAUCACUUGCCGGACAAGUAUCAAACGACGGGAGUUCCCGUAAAUCAUGAAAUUGACCUCGCGUUUUUCCUUCCUAAAGUAGACGACACGAUAUAUCGCUACUUGGGAUCCCUCACGACACCUUCAUGUACACAGUCAGUGGAAUGGACUGUAAUUCCAGAACCGAUUCCAGUACAUGCAUCCGACUAUUGGAAAUUUCAUUUAGUUCGGGAUGAAGAAAACCAACCUCUGAGUCAGAAUUAUAGACCUGUGCAGCCCUUGUAUGGGAGAAAUGUUGAAGUUUUUCAUAAAUCGUUGUAAAUAUGUUAAUGGCACAUAUUCAUUUCAAAGUAAUAGGUAAAAAACAUCCAGACAGGAAUUGACAGGAUUUGUGUUUGGAACUAUAUACAUACGCAAAAUGGGUAGUUCCUAAAUUAAGCAAAUUCAACCAUGGAAUACGAUACACUCUCCUAUACAACAUUCAACAUUUAGAAAAUAAAUCAUUAAAACUAAUUAUGUAUAUUAACCACUUCGCCCCUAUAACGACUAUGUGACGUAUUUGACCUUUACGCCGAAUACGACUAUGUGGCGUAAGUUCCCUUGG